GUUUAUCGACAGACUGUACAUUGUUGUCAUCUGUUUAUGGCGUCGUUUGAUUGUUACGCAUUCAGCGCAAAAAGUCCAGAAUAUUGUACAGAAAGUGAUUGUGCUUAUGACAACAGCAGUGACGUCGACAUUGUGGAAGGCAUGGAGCCUUUGCGGAAGCGUAGAAAGACAGGUGAUGACCCUCGAUGCAAUAGAGUAAAGCCAGAGAGACUGUUUGAGCUCGCAGCUGACGUUGUUUCGAGCAAAAUUCCGUUCAAAACGGUUGAGCAAUAUCGUCGUCGAUGCGGGCGUAAAGUGCCUGAGAAAGUCAUAUUUGCAAUAAUUAGGAAGGCGUUUCCAACUGAUGAGGAUAUGGUGGGAUUGUGUGCAUCACUGUCACGGCCAUAUUUCGAUAGUGAUGAGUUCUACUGUGAAUCCAAUAAUUCCGAAAUCAUUGUGAAGGAUGUGAUGCAAACAGGAUUGUCAUUGACUGGGACCCUCGUCCACAAGUGCCAGCGCAUAGGAACCUCUAGGUAUCACCGUGCUAUAGUCUCAAUCUUGUUUGACCGUCGAUGUAUCACUUGUGCUACCUGCUCCGUACAUCGUCAUCGACUCAGUUGGUGCAAACAUGUCUUGCGCCUUAUUCACCAUCGUAUUUUUUAUCCUGAAGCUGUUGCUUACCGUCUACCAAUCUCGUUUACGUUAGAGCGUCUCAGUCAAUCACAAAUGCAAAAGUUCAUUGGCUCACUCAUCUCAACUGGUUCAGCCAGUCUAUUGUCUUCAGUUAGCAGAGCAAUAUGUGGUAUGAAUCAUGAAAGAAGUUCUGUAGUGACUUGCAACCAUCCUGUCCGUGCGGCAAUGUCGACUCCUGAUUUGACAACUAGAGGUAGCAGAGACGAUGCAGGCUUGUGGCAAUUCGAUGAGAACAGAAUUCGUCGUGUAAUGAAAAAGUAUUGCAUGAAAACUGAUACUAUGAAUGGAGGGAGGUCGUAUAGAAAUGACCCAGAUGAGCCAAUCGAACUUGAUGAGUGGUACUCUCUUCUUGAAGACAAUCGCAAACGAUCACUUGCUCAAGUAGAGACAACCGCUGACUGUCACCUGAAGUGGAUAGCAGAGGACGAGCUAAAUUCUCUAUUUAGUAUUGUGGCGCACCUGCUCAAAGCAGCAGACACUAGUGUGUUGAGGGUUUUACAUGUAUUGACUGACGAGUGGCUCAAACUGCUGGAGAAAGCAAUAGGAAUGAUUCGACGGCAGCUUCCAUCCGACCAGCAACAAAGAGGUGACCACCCUGAUGAGACGGAACCUAUUUAUUCAAAGAACAAGGAGCUUCUUGUUUGUAGUGGAAGGGCUUGGUACGUACCAGACCGACUGACUUUCUGCUGGCGCCAUGCUGUGCUCAAUUGUCAUUACUCGGAUGGAGUUGUGGAGUCAAUAAGAAAUCAGAAUAUUGAAUGGACCAUAAGAUUGCGCAGAAUUAUGAACGACGCCAGGCGUUUGCAUGACUCGAUUGAUGAUAUAGAAGACGGCUGGCUGGAAUUCUUUACUGUAUUUAGUUUGCAGCAUUGGAAUGGAUUUUGCCACGUUCAGGCCAUGGCUUCUCCUCAGGCUCGAACAGUUUUUAGGAAACUUGUUUGUUCAUCUGCAGAUGACAUCAUGGCAUGUACUGAUGACUAUGAGUGUGAUGUUGAAGGAUCAGAGUAUCUAAGAACAGUGUGCUGCUUUAUUCAGUCGUUAAGGUUUUAUGGCUAUGACAAAAGUGCUGCUACAUUGGCUGUACAAGCAAUCAUCUGCUAUUUACCCGUGUUGUCCCUAUCAGCUGAUGUUAGUAGUGUGACCAAUGGUUUACUGAAUGCGAUCAGAAAGUGUCACAACGAGACUGGUGUUCACUUGUGGGGCGAAGAUGACUCUGGUGAUGAUGAUGAUGAUGAUCAUUCAAGGGACCCGAUACUUUUGUGUACUCUUCUUCAAGCUGUCGUACAUGACGACAACUCAUGGGAGAUAUGCUGUAACACACCACUGACAUGCUCGAGUGAUUCUGAAUCUGACGAAAAUUGCGAUUUUCCGUAUUCAGACACGGUCUCGUUGCCGCUGCCUGUCUACGUUCUGCUAGAGUGUAUCAAAAGCAUUCCAGACGGGUUUCAGGUUGACAGCAUUGGGCAGCUCGACUUCGUCGUUGAACUCAACAAGUUGCUUGUUAGCGCAACAAACCGUAUUAAAUCCCUCAGUCUUGACAAAGUCUUGAAAUUCUUGUCAGCAGUGGAAAGGGCUAUUUUACCUGCGCUUGCGGAUGGCGACAAUCCAGUAAAAUUGGCUUUUCUCUUUCGCGUGCGCUUAUCAGACUAUGAAAUUUCAGCACAGACCUGUCCUGAUUUUGUGUCAGUUUGUGAUUAUGUGGACACACUUAACCGCAGCUUGACUGAUAAAAUUGAAGGUGAAGGCUCGAAUGAAGAUUUCUUCCUUGCCCUGAGCGACUAUUCUUCGUUUCUGCUUCAAACUAUCCGCGUAUGCAGAAGCUUGAAGGAAACGUUUCGAUCGAGAGUGAUAACACGUUCUAUACCAGAUAUCGAUAUUUCUUCUCUUAAUCUAUUCGUCGCACGGGGAAGGUUUUCUCUAUUUCUACACCAACUUCUAUGGAUCGCCACUGUCAUCUGUCCGACUGUUGGUCUUGCACAGACGUGCGCGUCUCAUUCAUUGGAUAAUCAGUUAGAAGUGCUCAAAUUGCCAUCUUACUCACGCGACUGUGAGCGAGCAAACGAGACAAGCUAUUCUCGUGUUGAACGUGAAAAAAUUGAAGGUGAUGUAGCCUGCCGAAUUAUUGCAUAUGCGCUCACCCUUUCUGUCGACGGGGGAGAAGUUUCCAGAUUCACACCGCUUAGAUCCCUUGCGCUAAGGGGCUUGUCGGAAGUCGCAGCAGUCAUUGGUGCUACAACCGUUCUAGAAAUCGUAGAAGUCGUAGGCGAAGAAAGUUGGCUAUAUGUGAUGUCGUGGCAUGAGUUGAUCAACCACGUUCUGUUUGAACCGAAAUUUAUCGAGUCGUUCAAGUCUCGAGCUUGCGAAGAUCUGUCUCCUACCGUAGAGAAAGUAAUUCGAGAGGUAAUUCUCGAUCGAUUGUACGCGUUGCCACGUGAUGACGUGUUGGUCCAGGACGUCUACUAUCAGUCUGUCAGGAAAUUGGGUCUGACUUCACUACUAACGGGAGAUAUUCUUGGUGACAUCCGGGAUACUUCCAUGUUAUGUUACCAGCUCUUGUUUCAACUGUCUAUAGAUCUUCGCGCAAGACCGUCUACGGCGUUGAAAAUGGGAGUGGAGGCGUAUAAAACAAUGCGCUAUUAUUUAAUUUUGAAGAACGAGUGUGCUGUUGUACCGCGUUCCCCGAGUUCGUUUGCCCUUCUUCUUUGUGCUGCUCAUUGUCUGGGAGCGUCGGCUAUGCAAUUAGAUCUCGAUGCGACUCCUUCUGGUGCUAUGAACUUUAUUUUUCACAAUACAGACCGCGUCCUUACAAUUGUUACUGAACAGUGGCAAGAUGCCUUAAUUACCUUUCACGUUGUCGCCGAGAUGGCCAGAAUUUACCAAGAAAAGAACUGUCAGUGCUUGGAAGCGUCGACAAUACAACAGCCAGAAACAGCUCUCUCUUUGUUCAUUCAAGUUAACAGGAUGGUUCCACGUGUCUUAAAUAGGUGCAAAGAGGCAAUUCUUGCCACGUUGGCUAAAGACAAGCACAUUGGUUGGUGGUACGGGCACUUGUCUACAUUUUCUGAUUGGCGAAUAGAUAGCCGUCUUCUUACCGGUGACGACUUUCUAUGUCUCCGACUCAUUCUGCAAGCUCUUCCUGAUCCUAACGUCGACCUGCAGUCCCUGAUCUCUCAUUCUGCGCUUUGUUUGUGGAGAAACGCUGCCACCUCUUACUUCAGCGCUUGCCGGCCAGGAAGUUCUCGUUUUCAAACAAAGAACUGCUACGAAUCUUAUUACGAGCAACUGAUAUGUGAAAAAUCUGUAAGAAAACGCUUGUUUGCGAAACAGCAGUCUGAAGACUGAAUGUGAUGUAACUGGGUUUGGCUAUGUGUAUGCAGUAUAUAUAGAAUAUGAUUAAUAAAUGACGUUUGA